CCCGCCGCCCUGCGGCCCCUCAGGCUGCCAUCAUGACGGCUGAAGAAACAGUGAAUGUUAAAGAAGCUGAAAUAAUUAAAUUAAUACUAGAUUUUCUGAACUCAAGGAAACUUCACAUCAGUAUGCUGGCACUUGAGAAAGAAAGUGGGGUCAUCAAUGGCCUCUUCUCAGAUGACAUGCUUUUUCUUAGACAACUGAUUCUUGAUGGUCAGUGGGAUGAGGUUCUCCAGUUUAUUCAGCCUCUUGAAUGUAUGGAAAAAUUCGACAAGAAAAGAUUUCGUUAUAUUAUAAUGAAGCAGAAGUUCUUGGAAGCCUUAUGCGUAAACAAUGCGAUGUCAGCAGCAGAUGAGCCUCAGCAUCUGGAAUUUACAAUGCGAGAGGCUGUGCAGUGCCUACACGCACUGGAAGAGUAUUGUCCCUCGAAGGAAGACUACAGCAAACUGUGCCUGCUGCUCACGCUGCCCCGCUUGACCAACCACGCGGAGUUCAAGGACUGGAACCCCAGCACCGCCCGCGUUCACUGCUUUGAGGAAGCCUGUGUCAUGGUGGCCGAGUUUAUCCCUGCCGAUAGGAAGCUCAGCGAGGCUGGCUUUAAAGCCAGCAGCAAUCGCUUGUUUCAGCUUGUCAUGAAGGGGCUGCUCUAUGAAUGUUGUGUGGAGUUCUGUCAGAGCAAAGCAACAGGAGAAGAAAUCACAGAAAGUGAAGUGUUGCUGGGCAUUGAUCUCCUGUGUGGCAAUGGGUGUGAUGACCUGGACCUUAGCUUAUUAUCGUGGUUGCAGAAUCUGCCAGCUACUGUUUUUUCUUGUGCUUUUGAACAAAAGAUGCUUAAUAUUCAUGUUGACAAACUCCUCAAGCCCGCGAAAGCUGCGUAUGCUGAUCUUUUGACACCUCUUAUCAGCAAACUUUCUCCUUAUCCAUCUUCCCCGAUGAGACGGCCUCAGUCAGCAGAUGCCUACAUGACCCGCUCCUUAAAUCCUGCCUUAGAUGGGCUGUCCUGUGGAUUAACAAAUCAUGAUAAGCGAAUCACGGACCUUGGGACCAAAACUUCUCCAAUGUCGCACUCCUUUGCCAAUUUUCAUUACCCAGGAGUACAGAAUCUUAGCCGAAGUCUCAUGCUUGAGAAUACUGAAUGUCACAGUAUUUUUGAAGAGUCACCUGAGCGUGAUACUCCUGUGGAGCCACAGAAUCCCAUCAGCAGUGAGACUUUGUGCCAGAGCUCAGUUCCAGAAAAUGAACCAGUUAAUGGAGCACAGACUCAAGCAUCAGCCAAACAAGAGAAAAAUGAGGUACUUCGUGAUUCAACAGAGCAGUUUCAGGAAUAUUAUAGACAAAGACUACGUUACCAGCAGCACUUAGAACAGAAAGAGCAACAGCGACAGUUAUACCAGCAAAUGUUGUUGGAAGGAGGUGUAAACCAAGAAGAUGGAGCUGACCAGCAGCAGAACCUUACUGAACAGUUUCUUAACAGGUCUAUUCAGAAGCUAGGAGAAUUAAAUAUAGGUAUGGACACUCUUGGAAGCGACGUGCAGGCGCUUAGCCAGCAAUGUAACGGGAGCAAAGGGAAUGUCCCCACCAACCCAGCAAGUAACUUUACAUCCCUGCCCUCGGAUGCUGCGCAGAGGGUAACAGCCGACGGGCAAAAUGUGAACACGAGCACCCCCCGAAAGCGCGGGUCAGCUAACCAGAUACCCUUUCCUGAAGAGUCACCCGUGCAAGGGAACCAAAUUGUACCGGAUCAUUCUGUCACUCAGCCACAGCUGGACGAUCCUUCAGCGAAUCUAUCUAGGACAAGAGGCGAUGAGGAUGACAAAUCAAAAAAGCAGUUCAUUUGCAUUAAUACUCUAGAAGACACGCAAGCUGUCAGAGCUGUAGCCUUUCAUCCCAGCGGGAGUUUGUAUGCCGUUGGCUCCAAUUCCAAAACUCUGAGAGUAUGUGCCUACCCAGAACUCAUUGACCCAAGUGCUUAUAAUACUCCUAAACAACCAGUAGUUCGUUUCAAAAGGAACAAGCAUCAUAAAGGAUCAAUUUACUGUGUGGCCUGGAGUCCCUGUGGACAGUUGUUGGCUACUGGUUCUAAUGAUAAAUAUGUGAAAGUACUGCCUUUUAAUGCAGAAACUUGUAAUGCAACAGGACCAGAUUUGGAAUUCAGCAUGCAUGAUGGGACAAUCAGAGAUCUUGCUUUUAUGGAGGGUCCAGAAAGUGGUGGUGCUAUUUUAAUAAGUGCUGGUGCUGGGGACUGUAAUAUUUACACAACAGAUUGUCAGCGAGGACAAGGUCUGCACGCUCUAAGUGGUCAUACUGGUCAUAUUUUAGCACUUUAUACAUGGAGUGGUUGGAUGAUUGCAUCCGGAUCCCAAGACAAGACUGUAAGAUUCUGGGAUCUGAGAGUGCCAAGCUGUGUUCGUGUUGUGGGAACAACUUUUCAUGGAACAGGAAGUGCCGUAGCCUCGGUAGCCGUCGAUCCCAGCGGUCGCCUCCUGGCUACGGGACAAGAGGAUUCCAGCUGCAUGUUGUACGACAUCCGCGGAGGGCGGAUGGUGCAGAGCUAUCAUCCACAUUCCAGCGACGUUCGUUCCGUUCGCUUCUCCCCGGGGGCUCACUACUUGCUCACAGGAUCCUAUGAUAUGAAAAUAAAGGUGACAGACUUGCAAGGGGACCUUACGAAGCAACUUCCUCUUAUGGUGGUAGGGGAGCACAAGGACAAAGUUAUUCAGUGCAGAUGGCACACACAAGACCUUUCCUUCUUGUCGUCUUCUGCGGACAGAACUGUAACUCUCUGGACCUACAACGGUUAGAGUGCAAAUACAGGCAACCUAUGCAGCUAAAGCACAGAGACAUGAGACUACAGACCUGUUUAAAAAAAAAAAAAAAGUAAUAAAAGUAACAAUUAGGCUUUCAGAGAGCAGCAGUUGACAGGAGAGUGUCUUGCCAAGAGGAGAGGCACUUGUCACAGGUUUUUCUGAUUUCUAGGAGGUCUUGGUGUUUUUAGUAUAUUCUUUUUGCAGUGCUUUCAGUCUUCCAUGUGAACUCAUGCUGCUGUGACCUAUUGUAGUCUUGUUGCCAAAGUCUGAGAAGAACUCUUAUGUUGUCGAUGUGCACUCCAAGUACCAUGAAUGACGUGUUUACAGUUUGGUAUUAAUUGCAUUCCUUGGUCUUUGCUUCGAUGACAGUUUUAUAGAGAAAGUUGAAUGACACUUUAAUCAAGUCAGUAUGUAAUUAGUUCCACAUACACAUACAAGAUAACAGUUACUUCUGCUGUUUUUUUCACUUUUAUUAUACUCGACACUUCUCAAAAGAUGCAAGUUUAUUAUGUCCCUACCAUGUCAACUUUUUUUGGUAAUAAAUUCUGAACUUUAAAAGUGACUAGGCAGUAACCACAUCUUAAUUAUGGUCCAUUAUAUAGUGUGACUUUUUCUUUCUGUCUAAAUGGGGGGGAAAUGUUGCUCUACUUACAUGACAUUGUUUUCAACCAGCUAACGUGUUGGAGGGGAGGGGAAAAAGUAAAAUACUGGUUUUGCUGUAGAAACAUGUUAUUUUACUUUUUGAAUGCAACGGAAUACCUCUGUGUAUAAUGUACUGUAGAAAAGAGUGGAUUGGCAGCAGUUGUCACAGUGAGCUUAGUGGCUAUCAGUUCUCAAAUAAAAGGGAUACCGUUAACACUAUAUUACAAACCAGCAUGGCUUAAAAUGCUAUGUCUGCAUGAUAAUUUAUAAUAAUUAAGUCAUUUAAAUUCCCAGUCAAGAAGCUUAUUUUAAUUUUAUUUCUUGCACUGUUUAUGUUUAAGAAAUUGCAGU